UCUAGGCUGGCAACGUUGUCGCAAAAUAAUACAGACGCUGAAAAAUUUGUAUUAAAAAUUUGCCAAAACAUUUAGAAAUUUUUAGCUGCAAACGAGGCAUAACAGACGUAAAAAGUAACACAGUGGCAGCAGCGUUAUGGCCGAAUAUUUGGCAUCAAUUUUCGGUACAGAAAAGGACAAAGUUAACUGCUCGUUUUAUUUUAAGAUUGGCGCCUGCCGGCAUGGCGAUCGCUGCUCACGUAUACACAACAAGCCAACAUUUUCCCAAACUGUGUUGCUCCAGAACCUUUACGUUAAUCCGCAAAAUUCGGCAAAAUCCGCCGACGGCUCACAUUUAGUUGCCAAUGUAUCCGACGAAGAGAUGCAAGAGCAUUAUGACAACUUCUUCGAGGAUGUAUUUGUUGAAUGUGAAGACAAAUAUGGCGAAAUUGAGGAAAUGAAUGUAUGCGAUAAUUUGGGAGAUCAUCUAGUGGGCAAUGUGUACAUCAAGUUUCGUAAUGAAGCCGACGCCGAAAAGGCGGCAAAUGAUUUAAACAAUCGCUGGUUUGGCGGACGACCUGUUUACUCCGAGCUCUCACCGGUCACCGACUUUCGUGAAGCCUGCUGCAGACAGUACGAGAUGGGCGAAUGCACGCGAUCCGGCUUCUGCAACUUUAUGCAUCUGAAACCCAUUUCACGCGAACUGCGUCGAUAUCUUUACUCACGCCGGCGUCGCACUCGUCCGCGCUCACGUUCCGGCGGCAGACGCAGAUCCCGCUCUCAUUCACGUUCACGUUCCCCGCGGCGCCGGCGUGAUGGCGAGCGUGGCAUAGUUGGUGGCACAGAUCGUGGUGGCGAGCGUGGCAUUGGCGGAGGUACUGAUCGUGGGGAUCGCAACGACCGUAAUGACCGUGACAACGACCGACGCAAAGGCGGUGGUGGGGGAGGCGGAGGCGGUAACAGCAACAACGGCGGCGGCGGCGGUGGUGGUGGCCGAUAUUAGCGCUCUUUAUUCUCACCUCUUCAAGCCGCUCCUUUUGUUUUUUUUUUUAGUUACCGGGUGAGCACCACAUAUGAAACCACCUGAUAUACUAUGUGAAUUACUUUAUCGAACGCGCCCAUUAGAAUUGUAAUUAUACUUAUACACACAUUCGUAAUAAUAAACAAA